GAUCAAGACAAUGAGAAGAAUCCAAGCUUUGAUGGUGCGCCAGCUUUCAUACUCUAAUGAACCGUUCUAGCAACAAGCUCUUGCCGGUUGACUAGCUUUGAUCUGUUUCGAAGUUUGCAGGCUGUGCUUCACCAUUGAGGGCGCCGUCAGUUGAUGAAGGGUCCAGCUUGAAGAUUGCAGGGUUCGGAAUUGCUGUUGAAAGAACAAACAAGGAGGCAGGAUGAGGAAAAAGGUGGACUCGCGCAUUCGCACGCUGGUGGAAAAUGGCGUCAAGACGCGCCAGCGUUCAGUAUUUGUCAUCAUUGGUGACAAGGGGCGGGACCAAGUGGUCAAUCUGCACUACAUGCUGUCAAAGGCGGUGGUCAAGGCUCGCCCGUCGGUGCUGUGGUGCUACAAGAAGGACUUCCACAAGAAGAAGCGCAUGAAGCAGGUCAAGAAGAUGAUGCAGCGGGGCCUGCUGGACCCCGAGAAUGACGACCCCUUCUCGCUGUUCAUGGCCUCCACCAACAUCCGCUACUGCUACUACGCGGAGACGCAUAAGAUUUUGGGGAACACAUUUGGGAUGUGUGUCCUACAGGACUUCGAAGCCCUGACUCCCAACUUGCUGGCUCGGACAGUGGAGACCGUCGAAGGUGGAGGGAUGAUCAUCUUGCUCUUGAGCUCCCUCUCGUCUCUUAGCAAGCUGUACACGAUGACAAUGGACGUCCACUCCCGCUUCCGGACCGAGUCCCAUGCUGACGUCACCGGCCGCUUCAACGAGCGCUUCAUUCUGAGCCUUGCGGGCUGCCAAGGGUGUGUCGUCAUGGAUGACGAGCUCAAUGUGCUGCCCAUCUCGUCGCAUAUCCGCAAUAUCAAGCCGUUCGUCAAACCUGAGGGCGGCGAAGUGCUGACAGAAGCGGAGCGGGACUUGAAGGAGCUGAAGGAGUCGCUCAAAGACACGCAGCCGAUGGGGGCGCUCGUGGACCGCUGCAAGACCCUGGACCAGGCCAAGGCCGUGAUCACCUUUUUGGACGCUGCGUCCGAGAAAACGCUCCGGAGCACGGUGGCGCUCACAGCGGCUCGGGGGCGGGGCAAGUCGGCGGCGCUUGGAGUCGCAAUUGCGGGGGCCGUCGCCCUGGGAUACUCGAACAUCUUCGUGACGUCACCCAGCCCCGAGAACCUGAAGACGCUGUUCGAGUUCGUCUUCAAGGGCUUCGACGCCAUGGAUUACAAGGAGCACAUCGACUACGACCUGGUCGAGAGCACCAACCCCGCGUUCAACAAGGCCAUCGUGCGCGUCAACAUCUUCCGGCAGCACCGCCAGACCAUCCAGUACGUCCAGCCGCAACACAGCGACAAGCUCGCGCAAGCCGAGCUCCUCGUUAUCGACGAGGCCGCCGCGAUACCGUUACCGGUCGUCAAGAAGCUUCUGGGCCCAUACCUAGUUUUCCUGUGCUCGACGGUGAAUGGUUAUGAAGGGACGGGACGGUCGCUGUCGCUGAAGCUCAUUGGGCAGUUGAGGGAGCAGCAGGCGGCGCGCGGGGAGGCCGCGGGGGCGGGCGCGAAGACGGAGGGGGCUGGGCGUGUGUUCAAGGAGGUGGAGCUGGCGGAGCCGAUCCGGUACGCGGCCGGAGACACCGUUGAGUCGUGGCUCAACGACCUGCUGUGCCUCAACGCUGCCGACCACAUCCCCAGGAUCACCGGCAGGCUGCCCCACCCGUCCGAGUGCGAGCUGUACUACGUGAACCGCGACACGCUCUUCUCGUACCACAAGGCGAGCGAGCUAUUCUUGCAGCGAAUGAUGGCCCUCUACGUGGCAAGCCACUACAAGAACACGCCCAACGACCUGCAGCUCAUGUCCGACGCGCCCGCGCAUCACCUCUUCGUCCUUCUAGGUCCCGUCGACGAAUCGCAGUCCGCCCUCCCCGACGUCCUGGCCGUGGUCCAAGUGUGCAUGGAGGGCGAGAUCAGCCGCCAGUCCGCGCUCGCCACGCUGGCACAAGGGGGAUCCCCCACGGGCGACCUAAUCCCGUGGACCAUCUCGCAGCAGUUCCAGGACGCCGAGUUCCCCUCCCUCUCAGGCGCGCGCGUCGUGCGGAUUGCCUGCCACCCGGACUUGCAAAGAGCCGGCUACGGCACCCGCGCAAUGGAGCUUCUAGGGCGGUACUACGAGGGGCAGCUGACGGACUUAGCGGAGGUGGAGCUGGAGGAUAAGAAGGCGGCCAAGAAGAGCAAGAGCGUGGUCGAGGCCGCAGCGCAGGUUGCGUCGCUGCAAGAUGAGCAGGUAAAGCCGCGGGCGGACCUCCCCCCGCUGCUGGUGAGCUUGGCGGAGCGGCGGCCGGAGAAGCUGCACUAUGUGGGCGUUUCAUACGGCCUCACGCAGCAGCUGUUCAACUUCUGGAAGCGGCUCGGCAUGAUGCCCGUCUACCUGCGGCAAACGCCGAAUGACAUCACGGGCGAGCACACGUGCAUCAUGCUCAAGGCGCUGCAGACGGACGAGGUCGAGAGCCUCUCUGAAGGGGGCGCCAACUGGGUGCAGCCCUUCUUCCAAGACUUCAAGCGGCGCUUUCUGUCGCUCCUGGGCUUCAACUUCCGCUCCUUUCCCCCCGCGCUCGCUUUGACCAUCGUUGACCCCAAGAUCAGCUUCAGCGAACAGGAGGCCCAGGCGGGGCCUUCCGGGCAGGGCAUCGUGGGGGCCGGAGACACCACCUUCUCGCCAUACGAUAUGAAGCGGCUGGACUCGUAUUCCAGGAACCUGGUCGACUACCAUCUGAUUUUGGAUUUGGUGCCGUCCCUCUCCCGCCUCUACUUCCUAGAAAAGCUGCCUGCGACGCUCUCCUACGGCCAGGCCGCCAUCCUCCUCUCGCUCGGACUCCAGCACCAGGACCUGACGGACGUCGAGGCCUACCUGAAGCUCCCCUCCAGCCAGAUCCUGGCCCUGUUCAACAAGACGAUACGCAAGCUGCACGGCCUCUUGCACGGCGCGGCGGCACGUGAGAUCGAGGCCGCGCUGCCACGUGUCAGAGAGGUGAAGAUGACGCCGCACGAUCGGACGGUCGACGAGGACCUGGAGGAGGGGGCUGCGGACGUGGAGGCUGCGAUGAGAGAAAAGGUGGAGGCGCUGCUUCAACCCGAGGACUUGUCGCGGUAUGCGAUCCGGGGCGACGCCGAAUUUGAGGAGGCUCUGUCUAAGGGGGGCAAGCUGCCUAAAAGCGGUUACCUUAGUGUAAAGAGUAAAGGGCCCGCCAACGGCUUAGAAGCGAAGGCGUCGGAUGCUCGGGAAGGGAAGCGAAAAGACAAGGAUAGAAAAGAGGGGAAGAAGUCGAAGAAGGCAAAGGGCUGAGAAGAUUGGGACGAAAUUAGUGUGACAGUCUUCUUAUCAAGAAAGGAGAGUCUAUAGCCAAGGAUGCGGCUGCUGCACUUCUUGCUGCGCGUCCUCCAUAUGUAUGCCAAAAGUCGUCUUCUUACGCAUUCUGCGGGCAGAUUUUUCUGGCCGCUACCGGCUUCCUCCAUAUCUGAGUCGACGAGCUCGACCCGGUUGC